UCUGUAGUAAACAGACUAAUGAAGGACAAGGGGUUCUUGUAAACCUCCUGUGUGUUCCUCGGCAGGACCCCUCCCUGUCAGGGGCAGUAGCUAUUUCUCCUGCCUGGGAUGGCAGGUGAUGGAAGCCUAAGUUCAGAGAAAAUACAUUUCCCAGCAAGUGGUUAAACAGAACAUGGAGCAGCUGUACUUGGUGUCUGUCAAACUCAAGUCCAGGGGGUGAAAAAUGACAAGAGACAAUACAUCUGGAGCACGCCCUAUUGACCCACCAUGCAGACCGGAUUAGCUGUAUUCCUCAUGCUAGUUGGCACUUGCCACUGCCUUCCUUUUUAUAACGGUUUCUACUACGAUCAUAUUUUGAAUAACAAAUCUGGAAAUGGCAAUGGAGACGUCAUUCAUUUCAACGGCGUGAAGCUUGUAGUUAAUACUCCUGAAGAUGCCCUCUUUGCCUACCGUGGUGGUAACAUCACACUACCAUGCACAUUCCACUAUGAACCAGAACUGCAGUCUCCAAGAAGACUCCGCAUCAAGUGGGCCAAACUGCACAAAGAUAACACCAAGGAGAAGGAUGUGCUGGUAGCUAUUGGUUUAAGGCACCGUAGUUUUGGAGAAUACAAAGGUCGAGUACAUUUGCAUCAAAAUAAGCCCAAUGAGGUGUCCCUUGUUAUUACUAAUCUACGCCUGGAGGAUUACGGAAAGUACAAGUGUGAGGUCAUCGACGGACUUGAAGAUGAAAGUGGCAUUGUGGAAUUGGAGUUACGAGGAGUUGUCUAUCCAUACCAGCCUCAUCAUGGAAGGUAUCAGCUGAACUUCCAUGAUGCAAAGAAAGCCUGUGAAGCUCAAGACGCUGUGAUGGCUUCCUUUGAACAGCUGUUUAGAGCCUGGGAAGAAGGUCUAGACUGGUGCAAUGCUGGAUGGCUAAUGGAUGGCACUGUCCAGUACCCUAUUACUUUAUCCAGAGAACCUUGUGGUGGGAAGGAGACAGCACCUGGAGUAAGGAGCUAUGGAGAACGUCACAAACACUUGCACAAAUAUAAUGUCUUCUGCUUUUCUUCAGCCCUGAAAGGUCGAGUUUACUACCUUGAACACCCAGACAAGCUGACAUUUCACGAAGCCAGAGAUGCCUGCAUUCAAGAUGGUGCUCAGAUUGCCAAAAUUGGUCAACUCUACGCCGCAUGGAAGUUUGUGGACUUAGAUCGUUGUGAUGCUGGAUGGUUAGAUGAUGGAAGUGUCAGAUAUCCCAUUGCUUUCCCUCGUUUUAACUGUGGACCACCAGAACCUGGUGUACGGAGCUUUGGUUUCCCAGAAAAGCACACCAAAUUUGGGGUUUAUUGCUAUAAGAUGAGUUAAAUGCUGUAGUGACCCCAAGUGGGGGCCACGGACGUUUGCUUUAUACAGCAUAUUCUCUUGUUCCACCAGAAAUAAGGUCGAUAUACAGAUGGAGAAGUCCUGCCUGAUAAACCUGUCUCACAGCAAAGACUGUCAUAGAAAACAUGUGGAAACAUGAGCCAAAGGGCUAAGAUCCAGUAAAUCGGUGAUGUCAUAUAGUCCUUAUAUUGUAUUUCUGUCAAAUUUAAGACUAUAUUUUUUCACAGUUGUCGAAUGGUAUUUGAUUUGUUAAAGAGGUAAGAAUGAUACUAACUCUAGUAUUAGAGCUGGAAUGUAUAUAGUGAAAAUCGAAGAAUUGGUGCAUAUUAACACCACUAGUCAAUAGGUUACUGAACCUCACAUUGGGACUCAGAGAGACAUAGAGACAUAAUGUUCUGUACAUCGAUGUACUCUACCGUAUUGAGUAAAGAUGCAAUAAUAUAGUUGACCAACAGAGGGCACAUUAUGAAUUAAGACGGGGAACAGUAACUCCACAAAGGGUUGUCAUUAGAGGUGCAGUAUAUUUAUUUAUAUAGGUAAAUAUUGAAUCCCCUUUCAAUUAUGAAGGAGAAUAAAGAAUAAAUCCUGAAAAAAGUCCAGUUCUUCAGUACCGUUCAAUUUCUGUACCUGUAAGAGUUAUACAAUAAAACCAUGAUGUUAUA